AUGGGUUUAAUUGCCCGUAAGUUGUGUGUGUUUAUCUUUGUAUUCGCCAUUGUGGCCGAAUUUGCGUUCGGAAAUGUCGAGGUUAAUGAGGACAAACACUUUUUUCACAAGCCUCGUCCAUACUUCCACAAACCACGUCCUUACUUCCACAAGCAUGGCAUUUACAAGAAGGGUUUUAGAAAGGGUUUGGGCGGCGGAGGCGGUCUAGGUGGCGGUGGUGGUCUUGGAGGAGGUGGUGGUCUAGGAGGCGGCGGUGGUUUGGGAGGAGGAGGCGGUCUAGGUGGAGGUGGCGGUCUAGGAGGCGGUGGUGGUUUGGGAGGAGGAGGUGGUCUUGGCCACGGUGGUGGUUUGGGUGGAGGAGGCGGUCUAGGACAUGGUGGUGGUUUGGGCGGAGGUGGAGGUCUGGGAGGAGGCGGCGGUGGGGGUCUAGGUGGCGGUGGCGGUGUGGGCGGAGGAGCUGGAGGAGGAUACGGUGGUGGUGCUGGAGGAGGACUUGGAGGCGGUGGAGGUGCUGGUGGAGGAGGAGGAUUUGGUGGCGGAGGAGGAUAUGGAGGCGGAGGAGGGUUCGGCGGUGGAGCUGGUGGUGGAUUUGGUAAAGGCAUUGGUGGUGGAGGAGGUUUGGGAGGCGGUUAUGGUGGCGGUGGCCAUCACUGAUGAGUGAUGAGGCUCAUGAUCAUGCAUUCGUACGUUGUUAUUAUUUAACUAAAUGAAAAAGUGAGAUUAAUUAUUCAAUAAAAUGAUACAUUAGCAAUUGUGUAUGUCGUUUCUGUUAAUUUUGAGUCGUAUUGUAUGCUAUUUUAUGUUAUGCUUUGGUUGGUUUCAAGUUUGGUUAAUAAAAUGGUCGAUUUGUGCAUUUCGUCCACAGUUAUUGAGUGUCUGUUUCAAUGUUUUCUAUGUGAUACAUGAUUACUUUAAUAUUUUCCAAACUAUUUUAUGUUUACCUUUGUACUAAUGACGAG